CGCAUGGAACACUAUCCCCACGAACGAGACAAAUCGGUUUUCUGCGAUGAGAUCAACUAGACAACACGUCCGUUGCACUAAAUUAAGAAAUCCAAAAAGGUGGUCACGUAUGCCCCCUCUGUCGCAGUAAAUUACGAUCGUUCCGUGAACAAUAACAGAGACUUGUUUGGCUGAUUAAACGAACAACCAUGUCUAUUAGUAUUAUAAUACCAUUGAACAAUUUAGCCUAUCAUUAUUUCCCUACUACAAAGUCUCGUCUUAAUGUGAGCAUACAAGCUGCCCAUGAUGCAAGAAUUUGUUUGCGUACUCAUUUGGGCUCAGAUUCCAACAUGUAUGAGAUUAUUUUUGGAGGAUGGGGAAACACAAUGUCUGCGAUAAGAAGGAAUGGUCAAAACCCUAAUGUUGCGGAGGCUGAAACCAAAGACAUACUACACUCUGAGCGUGUGUGCCCUUUUUGGAUAAAAUGGACGUGCGACGGAUGUUUGAGCGUCGGCCACCAAAAUGAAGAAAGUUUUAUGUCGUUUAAAGAUACAAAUCCAUUUGCUUUGAAUUAUAUAGGAGUAAAUACAGCAUGGGAUACUACCGGUGAAUUUUUUAUAGAAGAAUCCAAGCACACGGCUGUAGUUAGUAGACAUCAUUUGGCGAAUACUUGUCAUUAUUGGGUAGAUUAUAACGAAUCACUUGGUUUUCCACAAAAUGCUGCAGCAGCCUCAGAGGAUGGUUUGUACAUAGGUCGUACGCAUCACAGAGAUUCAGUCACACCUGGUGGUAUUAGAAAUAAUAUAUGUACAAUUGUAUGGGGGGGUGCUUCUUACAAUAAAAAACAAUUUCAAGUAUUAUGCGUUAAAAACGUAAGCUGGGUACGCUCGUGGGGAGGAAGUAUUCCGUUAAAUGCGCUUCCGGCUGGCGAAACGGAAGAUGGAUAUGACCUUUAUAUAGGAAGAGUUUUGUACGAAGGUGUAUAUUAUAUAGGAAAAAUACAACCAAAUCAUCAAGUAUGUUAUAUACCCGUAGACGGUCAAGAAGAACCUUGUUUAUUCUACGAAGCUUUGGUUAUUUGUGAUAAUUAUGUCGCGGAACAUGUCGAAAGAUAAACUGUUUCUCCUAGUUAAAUAUAUAUUUAUUUUUAAUACAAAAUAUUCAAAUAUUUUUAUUGUACGCGUUUAUACUAUUACUCUAC